UCUGAACCGGUGAGUGUGAACAGUAACGGAGGAGUGCAACUCCCACAUACCAGAGAGAGUAUGUUCCUCUGGGCAGGAAGUAAGGGCCCUCAAGGAGGAAGUGAGAGGAGACCUAACUACCGUAAGAGCCGCGAUUACGACGUGCUGGACAAAAGGAAAACGGUCACGGCUCUGAGGGCUGGGGAGGACCGAGCCAUCCUGUUGGGUCUGGGCAUGGUGCUGGUCUCUUUCAUGAUGUACUUUGUCCUGGCCAUCACCGUACUGCGCUCUUACUCUGACAGCGUGUGGACAGAGGAAUCGAGAUGCGUCAUCGUGAACGCCACCAUCGUGUGGGACGUAAACUGCUCGUUCAGCUGCGGAGCCGAGUGCUGGAAGAGCUCCCGUUACCCCUGCCUCCAGGUCUACGUCAGCCUCAACUCCUCGGGGAAGGUGGUGCGCCUGUCCCACAACGAGGAGAGCCAGGACAGGAACCCUGAGUGUUUCUAUGUGCCAAAGUGCCAGAAGGACUACGCCGCGACGCACGCCACGGUCUUGAACAUAUCCGAGCGCCUCCGCUCCCAGCGCACCGUGCUCUGCUUCGUGGACCCAGACGACCGGGCGGACAACGCCAUCCUGACCCAGAUCUACGGCCAGGUGGCGGUGUUCCACUCCCUCUUCUGGCCCACCUGCACCUUCAUCGUGGGCAGCAUCAUCAUCGCCAUGGUCAAGCUCACCCAACACCUGUCCGUCAUGUGCGAGCAGCUGAGCCGAAUUAAAAGAUGAGGAUUGAAUGCACCCUCCCGGGCGC